GCCGGAUGCCGUGCGUCCGCACCGUCCUCUGCCUCCUGGCGGCCCUGGCUGCCUGCGGCGCCGUCGCCUUCCUCGGCUACUGUGUGUACUUCGACCGGAAGCGGCGUGGCGACCCCGCGUUCAGGCGCCGCCUGCGGGACAAAAGAAGAGCCCAGCAGCCGAAGACCGAGGGACGGGGCGCCCAGUUGUGCGAUCCAGCAAAGAAUGAAAAAUUGCAAGAACUUUUUCUGCAAGAGAUACACAUGGGAGAACUUUGGUUAUCCAGAGGAGAGCAUCAACUGGGGGUUGAACAUCUCAGCAAUGCCCUUUUAGUGUGUGGACAACCACAGGAACUUCUGAAGGUUUUCCAACACACACUCCCUCCUAAGGUAUUUGAGAUGCUGUUGCACAAAAUUCCCCUUAUUUGCCAGCAAUUUGAGGCAGACAUGAAUGAACAGGAAUACUUGGAGGAUGAUCGUGCUUGAAAAACACUUCAACGUAUCCACAGUCCAGUCAGAAUACUAUGGUACCAUAUAUAGUAUAAACAACUGCUCAGUGAUAUUCCAUUUAUUUUACUUUUAGUAAUAAAAAAUUUUUUUCUAUCUCAUACAUGAUUGAACACAUAUUUUGCUUUAAAAUUAACAGUCACAAUUGAAGAAACAAAGGUUUAUUUUUCUAAUGAAGUUACCAAGCUGCUGAAUCUUAAGGCCUCAACAAAUGUUGCAUCUUAU